AUGGGGGGUGCUGCGGAUCCGCGACACAACCUCUCCUUCAUCGUUGAGCAAACUGUUACCUUGGGGAAGCCAGUCAUUGGUGUUAGCCUCAAUUAUGGCCUCUCAGCAUUUGGGUUUCCUGUGGGUAAAGAGGCCAUGAAAGAAGGAGUAACAAAUCUAGGAUUUCGUGAUCAAAGACUUGCGCUCAGCUGGAUCAACGAGAAUAUCGGAGCCUUUGGAGGCGACUCCGAAAAAGUAACCAUCUUUGGGGAGAGCUCCGGCGCGGAAAGUGUUGCUGCCCAAAUGUUGGCGUACAACGGUUGGGCGAAACGAUGGCCUUUUCAGGGGAGCUAUGGGGCAGUCAGAGGCUUCGGUGCGCCCCUUGGUCGAUAUCCUGGUGGCUUCAAUGCAACUGAAGCCCUGCAGAAUACUUAUGGCGAUUUUGUCAGCUCGGUUCCAUCGUGUGAGAAACUGGCCGGAUCAGCAUCGACUCUAGACUGCCUACGUAGAGCGCCCAACGAGGAGAUUGACACAACAUUGCGAUCCAGCACUUCUCAAAGAUGGGCCCCUGUCUUGGAUGAUGACUUUUUUGCGGACUAUACCACGAACCAAUUAUAUAGUGGACGGUUCGUCAAGAUCCCGGUUCUUAUAGGAGCGAAUACAGAUGAAGGAACGUCUGUUGGUUUUUAG